AUGGGUCUGCCCCCUAACUUGUGGGUCGGCCCCACAACUUGUGGGGCGCAGGCCGUGCUGCUGGCCGACAUCCUGCCCACCCUCCUCAUCAAACUGGCGGCUCCUUUCGUCAUCCACCUCCUGCCCUACAACUCCCGCGUGGUGGCGGCCGCUCUCUGCGCGUGGGGCAGCUUCGGCCUCGUGGCGGCGGCCGCGGGCAGCGCCCUCAGCCUGGGGGGGGUGGUUCUGGCCAGCGCGGCCUCGGGGCUGGGGGAGGUGACCUUCCUGGGACUCGCCUCCCAGUACCCCCGGUUGGGGGUCGCGUGCUGGUCGUCGGGGACGGGGGCGGCGGGGCUGGGGGGGGCGCUGGGUUAUGGGGCGCUGCUGCAGGCGGGGCUGUCCCUGCCCCACGCCGUCCUGCCCGGCCUCCUCCUGCCCCACAUCACCCUCCUCAGCUACUUCUUCCUGCUGGGGCCCCCCCCGUGCCCCACGGCGCUGCCCCACGGCGGGGGGCUGACGGCGGGGGAGCGAUGGCAGGUGGCCAAGGCGGCGCUGCCUCAGGCCGCCCCAUUGACCCUCGUCUACUUCGCCGAGUACUUCAUCAACCAGGGGCUGCUGGAGCUGCUCUACUUCCCCGACGCCGCCCUGACCCACAACGAGCAGUACCGCUGGUACCAGCUCAUCUACCAGGGGGGCGUCUUCCUGGCCCGCUCCUCCGUGCGCUGCCUCCGCUGCCGACGUGUGGGGCUGCUGGCCCUGGUGCUGAACGCCGCGCUCCUAUUGGCCGCGGUGCCGGGGCGGUUCCUGCCGGGCUUCGGCGCCGCCUGCGCCCUGGUGCUGGGGGAGGGGCUGGUGGGGGGCGGGGCCUACGGCAGCGGCUUCAGCAACGUGGCCGAGCAGGCGGCGCCGUGGGGCCGGGCGCUGGCGGUGGCGGUGGCGGCGCUGGGGGACACGGUGGGGGUGGCGCUGGCCGGGGGGGCGGCCGUGGGGAUCCACCGCCUCUUCUGUGGGGCCUGA